AUGGCGUAUCACCAACCGUACGAUCCUUACUACGUCUACAAUCCUCAUUCUCUUCCGCCGCAGCUGCCACAGUUCGCCGACGAACCUGGGGCGAUUAACACUCUCUUUGUCUCUGGCUUGCCUAACGACGUUAAGGCUCGUGAGAUCCACAAUCUUUUCCGGCGCCGUCUCGGAUUCGAGUCUUGCCAGCUCAAGUACACCGGACGCGGCGACCAGGUCGUUGCAUUUGCAACGUUCUCAAGUCAUCGAUUCGCUAUGGCUGCAAUGAAUGAGCUCAAUGGUGUGAAAUUUGAUCCGCAAACAGGAUCAACACUACAUAUAGAAGUAGCUAGAUCAAACUCUAGAAGAACAGAAAGGCCAGGAAGUGGGCCUUAUGUUGUAAUCGAUAACAGAAACAAGAAACCCUCUAAAUCUCAGGACGACCAGAGUGAAGAAGGGGAAAGUGAUACAGAUGAGGCGCAUGAAUCUGGAAAUGGCGAUUCUCCAAAGGAAAACGAUGAUACCAAAAGUGAAGCCGACUCUGAUCCAGAUAGUAAACCACCAUCUGAUAGUGGGCACUUGGGAAAAGGAUUUGAAGGAGGUUCAGGGGCUAGACCAUGUUCGACCUUGUUUAUAGCUAAUCUAGGGCCUAACUGUACAGAAGAUGAGCUUAAACAACUCCUGUCUAGAUAUCCUGGAUUCAACAUCUUAAGAAUCCGAGCAAGAGGUGGAAUGCCAGUUGCAUUUGCUGAUUUUGAGGAAACUGAACAAGCUACUCAUGUGAUGAAUGAUCUUCAAGGGAACCUCUUAUCAUCUUCAGACCGAGGCGGCAUGCAUAUAGAAUAUGCAAGAUCGAAGAUGAGGAAACAGUAG